UCUCUCUCUCUCACUCUGUCCUCUCCCCCUUUUCUCUCUCUCAUCUAAACAGAUCCAUCGCUUAUUUUUAGCAUUAGUGCCUUACGAGCUUCCACAACGAAUCAUCCUCUCUGAACUCUUUCAUUUUUACUCCUCUGUGUCUUGUGAUAACUUUACUUUCCCAGUUAAUUCAUCAAAAACAAACGACAACAAUCAACCCAAAUGGCCAAUCGAGUCGGACCUCGUGGAAUAACUUUCCUUGGAGCUGAAAAGCAUAUUCGAGAAGGUAAACGGGACAAGUUUGCCGAAUCUGAGAUCGGUCUUUGGAUCGAAGCUGUUCUCGAGGACUGUAUUCCUCCAAAACCAUUCGAAGAACUUUUCAAAGAUGGUGUUUUACUCUGCAGAGCAAUGAACGUUUUAAGACCUGGAUCAAUCUCGAAGAUCCAGAAGCCUUUUACCAAAGAUGCUCAUAUGGCCAAUUUGAACGCUUUUCUCGAUGCCUGUCGGUCCUUUGGUAUCCCUGCCGAUGAAUUAUUCGCACCCGAAGAUCUUUGGGAAGCAAAGAACAUCCCCAAGGUUGUUCUUACCAUGUUAUCUAUUGGAAAGAAAUUGUACGAUUCUGGAUGGGAAGGAGCGUCUUUGGGCCCAAAACCAACUGGAGAGAUCAAAGAUUGGCCAGAACAAGUUCUUCGAGCCAGCGAAGCAAUCAUCCCGGCUCAGUAUGGAACUAACAAAUUCGCCAAUCAAAAGGGAGUUCGUAUUGGUGGUGCUCGAGACAUAACACCAAAGGUUUCCGAUAAGACGAACAAGGAAAACAUGAAGGAAUGGUCAGAACAACAAUUGAGAGCAUCCGAAUCGAUUAUCCCGGCUCAAUAUGGAACAAAUAAAUUUGCCACCCAAAAAGGCUACAGAAUCGGUGCAAGUCGGGAUAUUAUGCCAAAAGUUUCGGACACUUCGAACAGAGAAAACUGGAGGCAAUGGUCAGAUGAACAGUUGAGAGCAAGUGAAGCAAUUGUACCACUUCAAUAUGGAACCAAUAAACUCGCUUCUCAAAAAGGCAUUCGAUUUGGUGGUGCUCGUGACAUCUUGCCCAAUGUUCAAUACAAAUCAACCGAUAAGCCUGAGGAAUAAUUGUCUUAACCACAAUCAAACUGUUAAUUAUAACAAUUAUCACCAAAGAGCAAAAAUAAAGAGAAACUAACAAUUUCAAUCAAUCAGCUUGUUAAGAUCAAUCAAUGGAUGAAAAUUAAAACCAAUCGACAAUAUUGAUGGAAACAAAUAUCCGAAAUUUAAUAAUAUUCAAUGAUAAAAAUUAAUACUUUUCAUUCAAUACAAUCAAUUUAUUGGAUAAUCACAAUUAUAUUUAAGAAAUAAGAAGACAAGUCCAUCAUUGUCAACAAUCAGUUUUAAUUGCUUUCGAAAGUCUUAAACUGACCAUUUAAUUUUCUGUUUUGCCUUAAUGUUUACCUGUUAUCUGAAAACAAAGAUUGUAAUCGAUUAAAUCAAGUGAACAAUUAAAAAAGUCACAAAAGUAA